UAGAACAAAAAAAGAAGAAGUUUGAGGGAAAAAAGGAAAAGAAAAAAAAUUCCUGUAGGGUAUAAAAAGUCUUAACAGUUUGAAUAAAAAACAAAACAAAAACACAAUCAUGGUUGUGUGUCAAAGCUUACCCAGCUACCUAUCUAGGCAGAAUUCUUGGGCAUCCCUGCGCGCGCAGUGUUCUUGGGUGCCAAAAGUGUGCGGUCUGGAUAGUCAGCACUGUGUUUGGAGACACAGUCGGUGUGUUUGGCUUGGAUGGGAGGGCACAGAGGCUCUCAAACUCCGCACACUUCCUGCUCUCGCUCAUUUCCAUCAUCAGUGAAGGCAGCGGGAGAGCAGAGGAGGGAUGGCGGAGAAGAGCCCUGACCCGAGCGGCUCGAGCGCUCGCAGGUGUCCCGCUCUUUCUCCCGGAGAGAGACUGCAGCCGUCUGCAAGCGGCUCGUCCAAAUGGGUUCGUCUGAACGUCGGCGGCACGUACUUUCUCACGACGAGACAAACGCUGUGCAGAGACCCGAAGUCUUUCCUGUACCGCCUGUGCCAGGCCGACCCCGACCUCGACUCUGACAAGGAUGAAACAGGUGCUUAUUUGAUAGACCGCGAUCCCACUUAUUUUGGUCCGGUGCUCAACUAUCUGAGACAUGGAAAGCUGGUGCUGAACCGAGGCCUAGCAGAGGAAGGCGUGCUGGAAGAGGCUGAAUUCUACAAUAUCACUUCAUUGAUUAAACUGGUCAAAGACAAAGUCAGGGAGAGGGAUUGUAAGACGGCUCAGCUCCCUGUGAAGCACGUCUACAGAGUCCUGCAGUGUCAGGAGGAGGAACUGACACAGAUGGUCUCCACCAUGUCAGAUGGCUGGAAGUUUGAACAGUUGGUUAGUAUCGGCUCUUCGUACAACUACGGAAAUGAGGAUCAAGCAGAGUUCCUCUGCGUGGUCUCCAAGGAGCUGCACAAUCAGUCAUACGGCACAAACAGCGAGCCCAGUGAAAAGGCCAAGAUUCUUCAAGAACAAGGCUCUCGAAUGUGAAACAACUGUGUUUUAUAUCCUCUGGUCCUGCAGUUGCCGGGCAAAACAACACGCACCAUAUCACAUCGAGAGAGAAUUGUCAAGCGGAAUGACAACCUAUUUGGAAUGGAUGUUCUGUUUUGUUUUAGAUUAAUUGACACUUGUUUGUGCCUGCACAGUUACACCGGACUGUUGUUUCUUGACAUCGGCGGAUCUAUCUGAAUCGUUUGGUUUGAAAGGUAGGAAUAUGCAUGUCAUUAGUAAGCUGAGCAAAAAGGGCCUCAAUCACGCCUGGUCCAAUCAUGUCUACUCAGGGUCUCUUAUCGACUUUCACAAAAUAUGUUUAUCAUGUCAUUUGUGGACCAGUGAGCAAUUUAGUUAAAAUGGGCAAAAAAAAACUUAAAACUGUAUAUUAUGCCAGAGAGUUAAACCUCGUUGUUUAAAAUUAUAAUUAAGAGAGUGGAGUUUUUAAAAAAAAAAAAAAGUAAAAGAAGAUUACAUUAUUAAGGUGGAUUGUAUGUAACGUUGACCGGUGAGGGACGGUGGAUUUUUAUAGCAAGCAUUUUUGUUUUAGCGUGUUUGUAAGAACAGAUGGGAUUAUGAUUUGAUUAGAUUUUUUUGACUCGCAUAGUGUUAGUUUUUAUACCAGAAGGGUGAAAGAACAUCCGUAACAGUUUGCCUCAAAGUUUCCUCACGUUUUGUGAGGUUUUACUGUUGCUGCCUUGAGUUGGUUGAAAACGGAACAGAACAGAACAAGUUUGUCUUCCAUCCCCACAUUCAUUCCACUUGGAUUUUGGAUAAACUGGAACUAUUUUAAACGUUUUAGGGGGUGAAAAACACCUAACACUGUUGACUUUGUGACAGAGCUAGAUUUGGUUUAAUUGGAGAAUUAAGGCGAAGCUGAUUUGUUUUGGCAAUACCGUUUCGAACAACGCUUUAUUUACAUGACGGCGACUGUUAAUUAGUGGCGUCGUAGGGCUUAUUUUGUUGACACUUUGGUAAGCGAUGGAGACAGAACGGGCACUUCUAGAAGAGUGAAAAAAAUUAACAUCUACAUAGUUUAACACUGCAGUUCUUGAUUUGCUUCGGUUCAACUUUUUGAAAGUUGAUUCCAAAUAUACAUAAUCCUGUAGUUUAUUUAAAAACAUUUCGACAAUGUUGCCUUUAAUGAACCUACACACGAUCUGAAUUUCAUUUGGAAUUGUGGUCAGGGAAAUAACGCAUCCCUUUGCUAGGCUUCAAGCAUAUCUAUUUGACAUCGUGUAUAUAGACUAAAGAGCAUCAUAUUCAGUGCAUGUCAUUUUUCCUAAUCCUCUCACACACACACACAAAGGGCUUUUACUAGUGGUAUACAAGCUAUAAUUUUUUGCAGAGAUUCAUCCGAUCUCUUAAUAUUGCCUGAUCGAGGCGAGGUUUACAUGGCUAGUGUUUUAUAAACAAUAAUACUACACGUUUACUUACCUUGACUAUGUGACACCACAUUCUAGUUUGGUUUCAAGACCUGUAUGUUUACAUAUCCUCUCUGUUACCUAGUUAGUUAACGUCAACCUUGUGUCUUCGCAGCUAGAGAGGAGGUUUGGAUUCGUCUCGGUGGAGUGUUAAGUUGCUUGCUCACUGAGUCAGUGUCUCGUGGUGAAACGUGCCUCUGUUAUGGCCUCCGAGGCUCCAGACAGCACACUGAAAACACCCAUCGUCCAGGCCGUGACACUGGAGAGUGAUGGUCAUCACUGUGUAGGGCGCUGCAGCCCUUAAACUCGCUUUUUUUUUUACGUCCUGCCUCCAAAAUCUUGGUGGAGAAAGUAGGAUGCGCACAUUGAUGCACCGAUUUCACUUCUCCUUUAUGUCUGCUGGACUUUGUCAGCCACGGUCUACAUUUCAGUUGCCCGUUUACUUAAACUUGUUUCUUGGGCCCAGGUGAGUUCGUUUUUUUUUUUCUUCUUCUCUGAGGCUGGUAUCUCACCUCAGAUUUUUUUCUCUCUCCAUUUAAAGCGUGCAAUCUGCAAAAUGUAUUUUGAAAACGGGCAAAAGCAGACUGAAUUGUCUUUUGCUCCACUUUGUCACUGCUGUUCCUAUACUUAUUAUUAUCCUAUAACAUGUUUUUGUAUUUGUAUUUUUUUAUGCUUACAAUUUGUGUAUUCACAUAGUAUAUUAUAUAUGUAAUUGCAAGUUACGACUGGGGAAAAUGUAUAUGAUGGUAAUGCUAGAACCUGGUCAAACUAAAUAAACACUUUUGAAUUCUGAAA